AUGGGACGUAGAAAGUCAAAGAGAAAGCCUCCACCUAAGAAGAAGACCGGGGUCCUGGAGACGCAGUUCACUUGUCCUUUCUGUAACCACGAAAAGUCCUGUGAUGUCCAUAUGGACAGAGCACGGAAUACGGGGGUCAUAUCGUGUACGGUGUGCCUCGAGGAAUUUCAGACCCCAAUAACAUACCUUUCAGAACCAGUGGACGUCUACAGUGACUGGAUCGAUGCCUGUGAAGCUGCCAAUCAGUAG